AGCUGCAGUGAUGGAUUGAAACCAGCCCACACUGCAGCAGGCGACCACCACCACCACCCUGUCAGCAAAACGGGUGCACUGAUGGGUGUUUGUUGUCGCCGAAUUGCUCCUGUCAGGUUCGCUGGCAGGGAUGUAACAGUCAGUCCAUUCGUUAGUUAUCUGGAACCCGUGCCUCACGGGCUGGAGCAAGUCGGUAUUAUACAGCAUCUUUUAAUUAUCUUUAAAUAUCCAAAAGGAUCUGAAUGAGAAGGGAUGGGAUUGAGCGAGAGAGGAAUUUGGGAAUGUGACUGAGAUGUGUGUUGAAGAGGUAAUUCUUGACAAGAUAGCAGCCAGCUGCUGAAGGAUCAGCCAUCCGGUUAUGGUACAGUCCGGCACACUGGGGCCAUCGUCGCCAUGGAGGUGACUGGAUACCAGCGAGUGCAAUGGAGAGUAAUUCUCUGCAAUAUUCUUACUGUGCUGACAGUGGGAAUAUUGUGGGUCAUCUUUCACUGGAAGCCAGUUCUGGAAGUACUUGUUAAGUGCCAUCCCUGCCAUCUGAGCCAGUCUGACUGGGUCAUAAUCAAGGAUUCAUUUAACCAGCAAUUCGUAGCCAAAGUUUGGACAGAAGAGGUCGAGGAUGACUGUUUUCCUCAACCAGUUGAGCCUAGUGAUGAUGAGAACCGAAUUAAUUUAGCCAUAGGAGUGCUUGAAAAUGAUUGGAAGGACACUAUUCAACUUCACAAACAGGAGGAGAAAAAUGUGAUUCGUUAUUAUAUGUUUGAGGGUUUACGCUACAUUUGGAUUGAGAAGAGACAAUGUUUCUGCAAACUCAGUGUUCUUGAAGAAACACUGACGUGUAGAGACAUUCACAGGCAACAGAGGGGACUUAGCAAACAUAACCAAAAUUCAAAAAGACGGUUGUAUGGACCAAAUGUGAUUGAUGUGCCUGUAAAGUCAUACUUUAGGCUUUUAAUAGAGGAGGUGCUGAAUCCUUUCUACAUUUUCCAGAUCUUCAGUAUUAUACUUUGGAUCACAGAACAAUAUUACUACUAUGCUGGGUGCAUUCUGCUCAUCUCCGUAAUAUCUAUUGGUGUAUCCCUGUACCAGACACGCAAGCAAAGUGUAAUAUUACGGGAUAUGGUGAAACUUACUGUCAACUUGCGGAUCCGCAGGGAAACUGGAGAAGAGGAAAUGGUGAAUUCUCAGGAUUUAGUACCUGGUGACUGCAUUGUGAUUCCUGAAGAUGGGAUUCACGUCCCAUGUGAUGCAGCACUCCUAACUGGAGAGUGCAUGGUUAAUGAGAGCACCCUUACAGGUGAGAGUAUACCAGUGAUGAAGACCCCACUACCUGAUCAGGACAUGGACUAUUCACCUGAAGAACAUAAGCGGCACACACUCUUCUGUGGAACUGAGGUCCUCCAGUCAAAGUCCUACAACGUGGAUCAGCAGGUGGUGGCUGUAGUGGUGAGAACAGGCUUUUGUACUGCUAAAGGAGAACUGAUCAGUUCCAUUCUGUAUCCAAAACCUCUGGGAUUUAAGUUCUACAAAGAUGCUGUAAAAUUUGUUAUCUUCCUUGCGAUACUCGCUUUGAUUGGGGACAUAUACAGCAUUGUGAUUUUAGAGAAGCAGAAGGUGUCAGUAGGGCGAUUGGUGAAUCGUGUCCUAGAUCUGAUCACUAUUAUUGUUCCACCUGCCCUGCCUGCUGCAAUGACUGUUGGGACAAUCUAUGCCCAGAACAGAUUGAAAAAAUAUGGGAUAUUCUGCAUUAGUCCACCACGCAUCAAUAUCUGUGGCAAACUAAAAGUCAUCUGCUUUGAUAAGACUGGAACACUUACAGAAGAAGGCCUGGAUGUUUGGGGAGUUGUACCUGUGGUGGACAAGACUUUUGAGCCAAUUAUUCAUAACAUCCGGCAUUUUAGCGGUCCAAUGCUCCAUGCUCUAGCCACCUGUCAUAGUGUCACCCUUUUGAACAAUCAGCCAAUUGGUGACCCACUUGACCUCAAGAUGAUUGAAUCAACUGGUUGGAUUCUGUCAGAUGAGAUUACAAAGUCAGAUAUUGUUUCAAAAUUUGGAAUGAAGGUUGUUGCCAUCGUGAAGCCUCCAAUGUUGGAAGAACAGUCUCAUGGCAGUAAGCAAGAGAUGAGUUUGGGGAUUCUUCGUCGUUUUCCCUUUGCUUCAUCGCUUCAAAGAAUGAGUGUGAUCGUAAAGAAACCAGGAAAUUUGCCAAUAGAAGCAUACUUGAAGGGAGCACCUGAGAUGGUUGCGAGUCUUUGUGUAAAGGAAACCGUUCCUGCUGACUUCUCGGAAAUGUUAAGGUACUACGCCAGAGACGGGUACAGAGUUUUGGCGCUUGCAUACAAAAUAUUAAGUCAAGACAUUACUUUUGAGGCAGUACAUAAGCUAGAAAGGAAUUUUGUGGACAGUGAAAUGACAUUCCUAGGAUUCCUCAUUAUGCGAAAUAUCUUGAAGCCAGAAACGAAACCCACAAUUGAAUGCUUGAAUCGAGCUAAUUUUCGUACUGUAAUGGUGACAGGAGACAACAUGUUAACAGCUCUCAAUGUUGCCAGGAAUUGUGGGAUGGUGGGUUUGAACGAUAGAGUCAUUUUUGCCAAUGCCUCCCCGCCCAUUCGUGAUAAACCUGCUUGUGUGAAAUUCCUGCUGUCAGAACCAGCACCAGGCCAGCAGAAUGGAGGGGAUGUAGGUAUUCAGGAACAGCCUGGGAACCACUCUUUGGAGCAGUAUUGCUAUCAUUUUGCACUAAAUGGAAAGUCUUUUGCAGUAGUUCAUGACUAUUUUCCAAAUCUGCUACAAAAGAUCCUGAUUCGAGGGACUGUGUAUGCUCGAAUGGCCCCUAAUCAGAAGACACAGCUAGUGGAGAGUUUACAGAAGUUGGAAUACAAUGUAGGAAUGUGUGGAGAUGGAGCCAAUGAUUGUGGGGCUUUAAAAGCUGCAGAUGCAGGAAUUUCGCUCUCAGAAGCUGAGGCUUCAGUGGCAUCCCCGUUCACUUCAAAAAUAGAUAACAUUGAGUGUGUCCCAAUGGUCAUUCAGGAAGGACGAGCCUCUCUUGUCACAUCUUUUGGAGUUUUCAAAUACAUGGCCAUGUACAGCAUGAUCCAGUUUGUUUCUGUGUUAAUAUUAUACACAAUCAACUCUAACUUGGGUGAUUGGCAGUACCUGUACUUUGACCUGGUUAUCACUACAACUGUGGCUGUCCUUAUGGGUCGAACGGGGCCUGCGAAAGAGCUUGUGGCACAAAGGCCUGUGGGAAGUCUGAUCAAUGUUUCAAUCCUUGGCAGCCUGCUCUUACAGACCUUGUUGGUCAUACUGAUUCAGGUCCUCACCUACACAGUCACUACUGCUCAGAGCUGGUUUGUUCCUGUAAAUGGCAGUACUUCUAACAAACUCCCAAACUACGAAAACACUGCUUUAUUCUGUGUGUCUGGGUUCCAGUACCUCAUCCUGGCAACGGUACUUUCCAAGGGUCAUCCCUUCCGCAAACCUCUCUAUUCUAAUGUGUUGUUCCUGCUUUCUUUGAUUCUGCUCUAUGCUCUGAUGGUGUUUCUGACACUUUAUCCACUCCAAUUCAUCCGCCAGAUUUUGCAGCUGAUGCUUAUCACUGAUGUGAAAUUUAAAUUUUUGCUGUUGGGAUUUGCAGCAUUACACUUUGUCACUUCUCUUCUAUUUGAGAGAGUUAUAGACAGCGGUUUACUAAACCAGUGCUUACGGCCGUUGUGCAAGAAAAAAUCCUCCAGAAAACUAUACAAGAGACUCGAGAAAGAACUUUGCCAAAAUUCUGCAUGGCCUCCUCUCAAUGAAGUUAUAUAUGCUGAAUCAGGAAGAGUCGAAUACAUUAAAUAACACAUUCUACAGACGUAGACAAAGGGAAAAAGGCCAGUUUCUAACAGAAAAAGAAGUCACUAAAGCUAUGAAUUUAUGCAUCUGGAAACAAGUCUGAAAUUUUAUAGCCUUUUCCAUAUUCCUUGGGAGGAAAAAUGUAUGGUAGAUUUUGAAUGGACCAAGCCAGAAUUUCCCCUUUUGAAUACCAUACCCCUAUAUGACAUAGGGAACUGUACCAACUCCAGGAAAAAUCAGCUGUUUCUUGACACCCAAAGACUUUUUUUUAAAAGCAUCUAGUUUCCUCAGAUUGUGGGAAACAGUUCUUCAAAUUGCCUCUAGUAAAUUAUUGCAUUAUUUAUUUAUAUUAUGCUUUAAAAGUAUUUUUAACCAAAAAAGUGGUGGGGAAAAUAAAGCUUGGGAUCCAACAUGUAGUGUAUGGGUGGGUAGGUAAAUGUCUGAAGGCCUGGUUGGAAAGUUGUAUUGUAAUUCCAGAUGGGUUAACCUCAUCCAUCUGGGUAUUACUUCAUAAACUUGUGGAUGAAUGAUUGAAGCUAAUCUUGGAGUGUUUUCCAAGCUUUUAAAAAAAAUCUCCAAUCUAUAUUUCCUCUCCUUUCAUCUUGCAAAUGAAGUCUCAUCAAAAGUAUUGUUCCAUAGGUGCUUGUAGCCUUCUCGCACUUAAUUAGUAACUAUUUCACAUUUUUUCUUUUUGGUAUCCUGAGAGGGGGGGGGGGGGGUUGGAUAUGUUUCUUCUCUUGAUCCUACCAUUACCCAAGAAUUCUUAAAGCAGUUGGAAUGCUUGAUUUUACCCACUUCCUGUAGCCCAGGAUGUUAAGGCUGAUUAGUUUCCUAACAUCAGACCAAAGAUUAAACCUGGGCCAAGUAAUUAUUUAUUUUUUGAGCUUUUAGGUGAAUAAUGUAUGCUGACUGUAGAGACACCUAGGUUCUUGCUGAAUGAAUUCAACUGUAAAAUAGAUGAUAAAUACCAACUCAAAUUAUGUUUUUAAAACCAUUGAUUACUGCAUUAUGAUGUAAAUUAAGUGCUCCCAUUUAUAGCAUAGUAGUUUAAUUAGGUUUGAACAGAAAUACCCAAUUUUUAAAAAAUGGAUCUCUAAUUCUGGAUUUAAAAUGCUGCUUUUUGCAAAACACCAUAGCAAAGAUGAUCAACAAAAAUGUAAUCAUUGCUCUAGAAAACAAGUUGUAAUUCAUUUAACUUUAUUCAUAGUGUUAUGGACUGGAAUACGUUCAAGCACAUUGAUUAGAUGAGGCUCAUUUGGCAGUGAGCAGCAUCACAGGCUUCAUUUUUCACUGUAGUCUGUUACAUUCACAAUGGGAAAGUGAUCAUCACCAUUGGCAGCACUAACUGGCGCACAAGAGAAAACCUGAAAACUAAUGAUUUCCAAAAACAAUGUUUCACUUUAAAAGCGAACCAUACUCCACAGAUAUUGAAUGUGGCUUUCUGCUGGAAUAUUUUACCUGUCAAAGAGCUAUUAUUGACACUAGCUAUAUAUGCAAUGUAGUUGUUACUUGGGGGCUGGUUUUGCAACAGGUAAGGCCUAAUCUUCUUUGGCUGCUUGUGUGUAAAUGGUAUUCCUCUUUCAGGUUUUGUACUUCACUUUGGGAAUGAUCCUGAUCCACACUCUGCUGCAUCUGACCAGUGUAUACAUGUAGAAUAUUUUUUGACUUGUACAAAAAACUAUUUUGUAUUAGUUUUUUAAAACAAGGUGGAGAUUAUGUACAGUUUACAGGAUUUUUAUAAGUGCUCUUACAUUUUACAAAGAGCAUGCUUGCCAUGUAAAUGCUUUGUCAAACUGUACAUGAUUAUACAUAAAGAUUUUAUUUCUGUGCCUCACCUAUGUCAU